AUGUUGGGUUUGAGGGUCGCCGUGGUCACGGGGCUUUUGCCCUUGCGCAUCUUCGCUGCGCCGGCUUAUCAGUCUAGGGAUUACAGCACGUGCCGGAAGACGAAGGUAGCAAUAUUGGGUGCAGGAGUUGCUGGAGUUACCGCUGCUCAAGCCCUGUCCAACCAGUCCGUGACCGACUUCCUCAUAAUUGAGUACAAUGGAGAUAUCGGGGGGCGAAUGGUCUCUACAACCUUCGGCGAAGACCCAGAUGGUAAUCCAUACACGGUCGAGCUUGGAGCCAAUUGGGUCCAGGGCCUAGGCACUGAAAGCGGGCCGGAGAAUCCUAUCUGGACCUUCGCAAAGCAGUACGAAAUUGAGAAUACGUAUUCCGACUACGACUCCAUCCUAACGUACAACGAAACCGGAUACGUCAACUACACCGACCUGCUCGACGAGUUCGACGAGUACUGGGGCGACUUUGAGCAAGCAGCUGGCUACAUCCUCACCGAGAACCUCCAGGACCGCAGCAUGCGCGCCGGCCUCUACCAAUCCGGCUGGAAACCCCAAAAAGACAUGGCGCGGCAAGCAGUCGAAUGGUGGAUGUGGGACUGGGAAACGUCCUACAGCCCCGAAGAGUCGUCUUUCGUCUUCGGCAUAACAGGCUACAAUCUCACCUUCUACCAGUACUCAGAAGAAAACAACUUCGUCACCGACCAGCGUGGCUUCAACACCUGGCUCAAGAGCGUCGCAUCCACGUUCCUCAAGCCCAACGACACGCGCCUACUACUCAACACCAUCAUCGCUGACAUCGCGUACUCUAGCGACGGCGUCAAAGUCACCAUGGAAGACGGCAGCUGCAUCGAAGCCGACUACGCACUCUGCACCUUCUCGCUCGGCGUCCUGCAGAACGACGCUGUUACUUUCUCCCCCGCGCUCCCGGACUGGAAAGACACUGCACUCGCUACCUUCCAAAUGGGCACCUACACGAAGAUCUUCCUGCAGUUCAACGAAACGUUCUGGGAUCCGGAUACGCAGUUCUUCCUCUACGCACACCCCACAACGCGCGGCUACUAUCCCGUCUGGCAGUCGCUGUCAACCGAGGGUUUCAUGCCCGGCUCUAACAUCAUCUUCGCCACCGUCGUGGGCGAGCAAUCCUACCGCAUCGAAGCGCAAGACGACGACGUCACAAAAGCAGAGCUCAUGCAAGUCCUGCAGCAGAUGUUCCCUGACGUCUCCAUUCCCGAGCCCCUCGCGAUCAUGUAUCCGCGCUGGAGCCUUGUACCCUGGGUGUACGGCAGCUACUCCAACUGGCCCGUCGGCACGACGCUGGAAAACCAUCAGAAUCUCCGAGCGAAUGUAGAGAGGUUGUAUUUCGCCGGCGAGCAUACGUCGGCGGAGUACUUCGGCUUCCUCCACGGCGCAUGGUUUGAGGGACGCGAGGCUGGAGAACGGAUCGCGGGGAUGAUUACUCGGGAUUGUUUGAAUAUCGAGAGUGGAUGUGGGAAUUACACCAGCUACGAGGCUCUGCAUGGCACGACGGAGUACUGGGAGUAUAACGCUUUCAACGGCAUGGCAGUGAGCCCUUUUUUUGUGGCGGAGUUGGAAGAGUAG